AGUUUGACAGCCAAAAAUCAACCAAUGGGGGUCGCAACCGUUCAAGUAGGCCCUUCGAUCAAUGCUCCAUUUGAUGGAACUAUGGGUUUUUCAAAGGCUCCAUUAUCCGAAACUGACAAUUCAACCGUAGUUGAUCGACUAUACGAGCAAGGUCAAAUUAAAAAGCGGAUGGCCUGCCUUAAGUUGCAUACGCAGAAUGAAGAAAAGGACAGCGAGAUGAUAAUCGGUGGUUGUGACGUUGAGGCUGAUUAUUGGCUACCGGUUUUGGGGGAAUCUUACUGGGCUGUUACUCUAACGAAAAUUAUAUUACGUUCUCCGACAGACAAUACAGAGCUGCUCUCACUCGAUGUAAAUGUUCAAGCAGUACUGGAUACGGGCGAUCCAAAUAGCUUACAUCUGCCAGAACGUUUUGUGAAUCCUCUUAAUGAUAAAUUGGGCGGUAGUUGGAAUGGAAACCACUAUAUCGUCGACUGUGACACUCGCAAGAGUUUUCCAAACAUGGAACUUUAUUUUGGUGAAGCUAAAAUCACUUUUACGACUGACGACUAUUCGUGGCUAUAUUUUGAUGAAUGCCAACUUGCUUUAAAACCAAGAACUUAUGAUGAAGUUUUGGUCCCUCUUCAAUUUUUCUUCAAAGCAACGGUCAUUUUGGAUUCUGGAAAUAAUCGAGUGGGCCUCGCAAACAUCAAAUGAAUUGACAACGAAACGGACGACCGGCAAUUAUCCUCCCUUCAAUGACAUUUUAAACACUGUUAAAAAAUAUUUUCAAAGAUUUUUGAAUAUGAAAAACAUAAGCAAAAUAAAAACUAAAAAAAAACUCGACAUUACAUACACUACACAAUGAAAUCGUUUUCUGGAUAAUUUUUUUUAUUGAAAUUCAUAUUGAUACUAUUGUAAUAUGGUUUUUGGUUUGAAAAUAAAUCCACUCACGUCACAAAGCA